GGCUUAAGCUCGAACUCGUUUCCGCAUCUGCGCAGUGCGGAACUGACGACACGUUGGGGCGAAUAGCAUGGCGGACGAGGAGAGCGUGAAGCCAAACACAGACGAAACACUCGAAAUUUCGAGCAGCGAUGAAGGAAGCGAUCACGGUGAUGGCGGAGAAAACGACGAGACGGUGAAGAGCUUCAAGGAUCUGGGUGUUACUGAUGUCCUAUGCGAGGCUUGUGAUCAGCUGGGAUGGAAGAGCCCCACGAAGAUCCAGAUAGAAGCUAUACCGGUGGCUCUGCAAGGGAAGGAUGUUAUUGGCCUGGCGGAGACUGGUUCAGGAAAGACCGGUGCCUUCGCUCUGCCUAUCCUCCAGUCGCUGCUGGCCUCCCCCCAGAGGCUUCACACACUUGUUCUCACCCCCACUAGAGAGUUGGCAUUUCAGAUCUCUGAGCAGUUUGAGGCCCUGGGCUCCAGUAUCGGCGUUAAGUGCGCCGUGAUAGUCGGUGGAAUCGAUAUGAUGUCCCAGUCCCUGGUGUUAGCGAAAAAGCCGCACAUCGUUAUUGCCACGCCCGGUCGUUUGAUCGAUCACCUCGAGAACACAAAGGGCUUCUCUCUACGAGCGCUGAAGUUCCUGGUCAUGGAUGAAGCAGACAGAAUCCUCAACAUGGACUUCGAAACUGAGGUGGAUAAAAUCUUGAAGGUGAUCCCAAGAGAAAGACGCACUUUCUUGUUCUCGGCUACCAUGACCAAAAAGGUCCAGAAACUAGAGAGAGCAGCUUUGAAAGAUCCUGUGAAGUGCGCGGUGUCUACGAAAUACUCCACAGUAGACAAACUGCAGCAGUACUACAUCUUUAUACCAUCUAAGUACAAGGACUGCUACCUGGUUUCCAUCCUGAAUGAGCUGGCCGGGAACUCCUUUAUUAUUUUCUGCAGCACAUGUAACACAGCCCAGCGGGUGGCGCUGUUGUUAAGGAACCUCGGCAUCACUGCUAUCCCUCUACAUGGGCAGAUGAGUCAGAAUAAACGUCUUGGAGCUCUGAACAAGUUCAAGUCCAAGUCUCGGUCGGUGCUGCUGGCGACUGACGUGGCAUCCAGAGGACUGGAUAUUCCUCAUGUCGACUGCGUCAUCAACUAUGACAUUCCCACUCACUCUAAGGACUAUAUUCACAGGGUUGGCCGAACAGCCAGAGCAGGACGAUCUGGAAAAUCCAUCACUUUCGUCACUCAGUAUGAUGUGGAGCUUUUCCAGCGAAUUGAAAGCUUGAUUGGGAAGAAACUUCCAGCCUUUCCAACCCAAGAGGAGGAAGUGAUGAUGCUGGUGGAGAGGGUGAGCGAGGCCCAGAGAUUUGCCAAAAUAGAAAUGAAGGAGCAAGGCGACAAAAGGAAAAGGCCAAAAAGAGGGGACGGAGACGAUGAUGACACGGAACAGGCGACCGGCGUGAGGAAGAAGGUUAAAGGAGGAGGAGGAGCAGGAGGAGGAGGAGGGAAGAAGCGUGGCGGAGGAGCCUGGAGGGGCGGACGCUGAAGAGCCCCAACAUUAACAGACUGUACAGAACUAUGACAUACAACGCCUUUACCGUCUUUUGAAACCUUCAUUCUUAUGACACGUUUUCCACUGCUUCCUUAGUAAAGUGAAUGACUAUUUAA